AUGUUUUCUAUCCAGCCUCGUUACCUCCUCAUUCUCUCUACUCUCUCUUUGAUCCCUCUAUCUAUCUAUCUUCAAUCCACUUCCCCAUUUCAGCGCCUCAAAACUAAAUUGAUCAGUAUGGCCGACAACGGUUUGCAAGCAGUCUUCGCCAAGCGCGCUGAGGAGCUGCGCGAGUAUAUCUUCUCUCAGCCUGCUAGCAACUUCGAGAAUAACCCAUGGGCUUUGGCGGAUGCCAUUGAGACAUUCGCAAAUGAAAAGGGCCACAUGAUGAUUUUCCGUGCUACGAAGUUGGCUGUUGCUAAGGAGGCGCUUGUUGCUCAACAGCCUGCUCCUCGCACUAUUCUGGAAUUCGGCACAUUUGUCGGCAAGUCUGCCCUGGCUUGGGGUGCUAUGCUCCGUGAUAUUCACGGCGAGAAUGUUCCUGAGGAUGUCAAUGUGUACACCUUUGAUCCCAACCCACAAAUGGUGGCCUUGACACGCGACUUUGUCAAGUUGUCAGGUCUGGAGGGUGUUGUGCAUGUUAUCGAGGGACCGGGAUCUGAGUCCGUGAAGAAGCUUGUUGAGGAAGGCAAGGUCACCAGUGUUGACAUGGCAUUCUUUGAUCACUGGGAGAAGUUUUACCUCUCUGAUCUCCAGUUGAUUGAGGAACUCAAGUUGUGGCGUGAGGGAUCUCUGGCUAUCGCCGAUAACACUGAUAUGCCUGGUGCUCCAGACUACCUGGCGUAUGUCCGGGCUGGUGGCAGUGGGGUGGCUGGAGCCGUGAAAUAUGAGACCAAGACUAUGAAGACUGUUAACACACGAGGCCCGGUAAGCUUCCAGCAUGGGAAUGUUUGA